GGCAAACCGGGAUCCCACGCACACGUCAGACAGACACGGUAAUCGCGCAGGGGGAAAGGGCGGUGCCAGUCAAACGACACGCGGCGCACCGCCGAAACGACACCGGUUCUCGGUGCUACCUUUCCCCGGUGGCCGGCUUUCCCGCUCUCUCCACAAAUCUGCGUCGCGCCGCAAAGCCAGCCACGAGCCAACCGACCCACGCCGGGGCCAGUCAGAGCUGCAGCGACCGCCUGGACGGUCGGGCAGGUGUGUUCUCGCGCUUUCCCCUCCACCGCGAGCCCACGCGCGCGCAGACGCCGACCGAGACCGCAGCAGCAGACGAGACGCUUCACCGAGCGACCGAACAACGACGAACGCGGCCGGUUUCGUCUGCGAAGCCAGUGUCGUCUGCUCCCAGCUGGGGUUGUCCUGAAGAAGGUGUUCGACCACGUGUUACUCAUCGUUUAAAUCACGUUUGUGCUGCUGAAACGCUGAAAAAGGGCCUCUUCGUCGUCGACUACGCUACUUAGUUGCGUUCGUUCGGGUGCGUGUGUUCGAGAAGCGAACGGCUGGAGGCUUCGCUCGUCCACCAGGUCUGCGCGGUCGCCAGGCUUUCGAAAGAACCAAACCACCGGUCCACGAAAGGUUCCCUUGCGAAAGGCGCUGGCGCACUGUUGUUUCGGUGUGCAUGCGUGGGUCUUGGAUGCUGGACGACUGAAAGUGGUGUCAGCGACGGGUCGUGGAAGAGUUUCGUUGCAUUUCCUGAGGCAGGGUUCGCCGGCGAGAUGAGAUGUCUGGAGUCAGUGUGGAUCCAGUCAUCUAGCAGUCGCCAGACUUCAGUACAGUUUCGGAAGGCCGCUUGCACGAGCUCGACACGAGCGCCAGCCAAAGAAAGGCCACGCGCGAGCAUGAUCGCAGUCAUGGCGUCCCGAGCACUUCGAGGCAGGUUCGACCUUCGUCUAGCCGUCUUCGUCGCCGUCCUUAUGGCCGCGUCCGUGGCGAGCCCCGCGGCGGCCAGGUCCGCUCACGUGACCUCUCACGUGGUGCGCGAGCCGCUGGUCGCUGCGCGCCAGGCGGACGCACCGAUCACGGUCGCGGACUCGCCGGCGUCCACGACGACGGAGCUCACCGAAGAGUACGAUGACGACGACGGUGACGUCGUCGCGGGAGGCGCUGGCGAAGUCGACGCCGACGACGACGACGAGGCUGUGCCCUCUUCCACGGAGGAAGAAACUUCGUCGCCGACGACGGCCGCGUCGACCGGAAGUUCUGCCGUUCCGACGAGGCCCAGCCUUUCCAAUGCAUACCCGCCAGUUCGGGUCUCGACGCCCAAAGCUGAAACAGAACCACCAGCACCCACUACCACAAGCACUACUACUACAACCACUACAACCACCACGACGACCACAAGGCGUCCCACAACCACUACACCAACAACAACCACGAGGCGCGCAACUACAGCAGCAGCCCCGCUCCCCGCCGCACCGGCAAGGCCCAGGCUGCCGCCAACGACGUACUCAGCGCCCACCCAGUCCCGGUCGGACAACUCGGCAUGCCCGCGCCGCGAGGACAUCCACCCAUGCCAGUGCAUCGAGCUGCCCAGCAAGAUACCCGGCGAUGUCGAGACGGUCGCUACGUGCAAGAACAUCCGGAACCACCAGGUGCUCAGCGAUGCCCUCAAGGGAUUCCAACACUACCGGAUCAACUUCUUUGUGCUCGAUAGCUGCAAGCUGCCCCCGUUCCCCAAUGGCCUCUUUCACAAUGUCGACGUUGAAUGGAUGGAAGUCCUCAACUCAACUGUGCAGUUUCAAAAGAACUUCUUCACCUGCUCCAAGGACUGCCUCUGAACUCUGUGCUAGACAGCUGUGUGUGGUGCUGAGUCACAAACAAUUUGCACCAGUGAACAAAGAGACCAUUUGCACAGCAAAGUUGGACAAUGACUUGCACGGUCUCGUGAAGGAAUGUGCGGGAAAUAGAGGUCUCGGAACUCCAGCAAACAAGCCAAUGUCUUGCGCUUUUUGAGCGUGAAGUGCAGGUCACACUGAAAAAUUGUGCUUCCUGAAGACCAACAUUUCUUUUAUGAGGCGUGAAAAGCCAGGAAUUUUAAUCCAACCAUGUUUUGUACAAUACCUUAGCAAGCCAGCAUGGGUUUUUUCGUUGUAAACUGUUCAGCAUAUGCAGAGUGGUUAUAUUUUACAUUUCCUUUUUUUAAAUAUAAAUGUACUUGCACGUGCCACCUCUGCUGAUGAAGUCAGAUUUUACUCCAAGUUUAUGGGACAGUAGCAGGCAUUCACUGCAAAUGUUUUCCAUCCUUAGAUAACUUGCGUAAUAGGCAGUAUGUGAUGAGGCAGUGCCUUAAGCGUUUAUAGUGUGAUGUAGAUAUGAGGCUCCCAUGUUGGAGACCUUCCCAAUAGUCUUCCUGGUCACUCAUCUUUGAACUGUGGAGUGGGAGUGUGUAGCCCAAGUUGACUACCCACAACUCUCAGCAUAGUGACCAAGAGAUACAAACCUGAUACUUUUGUGUGAAUCUUUAAAUGUAGGUAAAAAGCUAAGCCCAAACCACUUCAACUACAUACUUAAACAUUACAUCACAAAUGAGACAGGUGUAAAUACAUACUGCAAGUUCAAUGCUUCUAGUGAGUGCACUUGCAGCACACGUAUGUGGUGAGCCGUCGCCUCAAGAGUGAAGAAACAUGAACAGUGUCACUGUAAUCUUUCAUACUUGUAUGUAUCUCUAGUGAGUUACCAGUUUUUUAUCAUGUGAUGUGUUGGAAAUAGAGGUGAACAAAUCUCACAAAUAUCAACAGUUAUUGUGCAGAGACUGCAAGAGAACUAAAAACCAUGAAAGCUUAAGCAACAUUCAUCUAAAGCAAGAGGCUGGCAUAAUUUCCAUGAGAUUUGUGUCAUCAGAAUGUAAAAAAUGCCCCAUUAUUUGCUCAAACAGUAGAAUUUUAAUAACAUAUUUUUCCAAGUUUAUGUAUUCACAUAUUAAGAAAUACAGUGCUGUAAAUAGUAUCCUUUCUCUACUGCCUGCUCAUCUUUAUGGCCAUGUUCAUUAAGUCACAGUUAUUGUGUUUUCUUAGACAAUUUAGCUCUACAUCACAAGUGUUUGCCAACUUGCCUGGACAUCUCAUUUCUGGCAGAUAGUCAUGGAAACCAAUCUGACCAUGGAAAAUGCUCAACACUACAACCAUUGGAACAAGUGUUUCCCAAAGUAAUGAAAUCAAACCAUUGACCAUUACGGUGUGCCAAAGCUCAUACAUGGCACAAGUCAGAGGAAUGAUCUGCAGUUUUCUGUGUCUUGUAUUUGUGCAUGCAAAUGUUCAGUUCAACCAAGUGGCAUUACAACUGUGCUCAAGACAACCAUUAAAGUUUUGUCAUUGUUAAGAAA